GAAACUGUUCCACAAAGAAAGCAUAUCAUCAAAAAGAACUCUUAGAUAUCUUUGCUGACACACAUGAGCUUGAUCUUACGUAAGACUUUUUUCAUUGAAUAGAUAUGGAGAGUUUACCAGUGGAAAUCUGUCUUAAGAUUUUCUGUUUCUUGGAUCACCAGAACCUUGCAAUUGCACAACAAGUAUGCAGGAAGUGGAAGGGCUUGGCCUCUGACAACAAUCUAUGGUCUAACCUAUUUAGGGAAAGAUGGGGAGGAGAUCAUGCCAUGUUCUAUGCUCCUGUUGGUUCAAAAUCAUGGAAAGAUGUGUAUGAGGUUCAAGAUCGUUGUCAUCGAGUUGGAUUAGGCCUGAAGAUAAUAAGAGAAGGUGGUGACUACUAUCUUGUUCACCAAGGUGAAAUCCAACGCUAUCUGGGUUCAAGGAGGCAAAGGAAAGGUGCAAUUAGUUGUACUCUAGAUUCACAAAGAGAUUUCAAUGGUGAAGGAUCACAAGAAGAGGGAUCCUGUAGAGGGAUCUUGGACAAAAUACUUUUUUUCAUAGGGGAUUUGGAAGUUGCCUCUACUGAUGCAAAACGUGGCCGGGUGCUGUAAAUGGAUUUCAAAUCUGAACUUCACAAGAAAAUUGAUGUAAAGUCUCUGUAUGUAUGCAUUACUGUGGAACCGGCUCAGUGUGAUUUUUUAAAAAACCAGCUUGGUGGCA